ACCCUGGACACAGUAAAGAAACAAUGCUGGAGUCAGCAUAUCACCUACCUUAUACAUGCGUACAAUUGUACAAAAAAUGAUGCCACUGGAUACUCACCAUAUUGUCUCAUGUUUGGAAGAGAAGCAAGGCUCCCCAUUGACAUCUGCUUUGGAAUUUCACCAAAUGGUGAAAGUGAAUCCUCCUACCAGCAAUAUGUUGCCAGAAUGAGGAAAGAGUUACAGAAAGCAUACCAAUUGGCAUCUGAUGCUGCCACAAAUAGUCAUCUGCGAAACAAAGCCUACUAUGACCAUCGAGUGAGAGAUUUGCCUUUGGAAAAAGGUGACAGAGUCCUCGUCCAGAAUGUUGGGCAAAAAGGCAAGCAUAAACUACAAGAUCGUUGGAAAUCGACACCGUAUGUUGUUGUGGAGAAAUUGUCUAACCUGCCAGUGUACAAGGUUAAACCAGAACUUGGUCCAGGUAUAGUCAAAACCUUGCAUCGAGACCAUCUAUUGCCCAUCGGUUACUUGGUCAGGAUGUCUAACCCUCCAGAUGUUGCAGGACCGACUCAGAGACCUGUCACCAGAUCACAACAUCCUCGGCCAUGUCCAAGAACUAAGCCUACUGAUCCAGUUGAAGAAAGUGACACUGUGUCAUCAGAUACAGAAUUUGAUACUGUCCAGAAUCCUCAAGGUUUUGUUGUGGAUGAGGUCAGGAAACAAAAUGCAUCACCAAACCAAGAUUCACGAGAGACUGAGAACCGUGAAAGCUCUGAAGAAGACAGUGAAGGCUCUGAAGAGGAGGAAAUUCAACCAGUUAUAGAAUCAGAGAGUGAAGGAUCUUCCAUAGGUGAUACAUCUGCUGUGAUGGAUUCUGAUGCCCAAGAGACAAAUUAUGAUUCUGUAGAAGAUCAGGUUUUAGAAGGGAGAGCAAACUCACCCUCUUCAACCCGAGUCAGAAGUGGAAAAUCAGUUAAAAGUGCAAGAAGUGGGAGUGAAAAGUCCUCCACUGUCCGAAAAUCUCAGAGAGAACCAAAACCAGCCAUGAGAUUGACCUGUGACAAACCUGGUUACCCAUCUAGUGAGCCAGUGACCAUAAUGCAUCAUGGUAUGGUCAUUCAACUCAAGCUAAACCCACCAGAUCAAACUGGCCCUGAAGCAAGACAAAAACCGAAAACGUCCAAAAGGAUGUCAGAGAAUGAACGAAAGAGUCACACGUCAAAGUUAAAGAGAGAGAAAAGGUGUGAUGAGGACAUCUACACAUUCAGAAGGGGGAGGGUGUAGCCCUGUCUAAAAUCACUGACUACAGAGCCUGAAAG